UAAGUCAAUUGAUUAUGAGUUGUUUUCUGACGUUCAAUAUCACAACUGGUUUAUUUUUUAUAAAUGCUUGGAUUUUUCAAAAUCAAUCUAUAAACCAAUAUUCAAAAGAGUGCAAUCGCUAGAUGAUGCUCAUCCACAUAUUGUUUUUGAUUCAAACACAAUUACCGGUUCAGUCUUAGAGUACAAAUAUUCGCCAAAUGGAAAAUAUUGUGCUUUUACUAUAGAUGAUGAUUUUCCGAACUCUUUUAAAAUAAUAGUGGUUGAUGUGGAAACUGGGAAGACUCAUCGUUUCAUAGAAAUAACAAAAUUAAAAAAAAUCGUGUGGAGUGGAGACAGCAAAGGAAUUUUUCUAAUUUACAAUGAUCCAGAUGGCGGAAAUUGCUCAAACCUGUGUUAUCAUUUCAUAGUUCAACGCAUGCACGAUAUAUUUAUUGAGGAAAUUCCAAGAACAGAAAUUCAUAGACUGUCUAUUGAUGUUAGUGAUGAUUAUAAAUAUUUGAUUUUGGGUGACAGUCAAACAGUGUCCAUUGCAAAUAUAGAACGUUUAUAUGAAAGAAUAAUAUUUAAGCCGAUUUUCAAACUUUCGCAAGGUGUUUUUUAUGAAUAUGUUGGAAAUGAGGGAGACUAUUUUAUAUUUUUUACAAAUGAUGAAGCACCGCUACAUCGUAUUAUUAAAGUCAAGAUUAGUAAAGGAAACCCAAAAAAAUCUUCUGAAGUAGUUGUUUCUGAGAAUGAGGAUAACCAUGGUGUGUUGCAAUCUGCCUUUAAGUAUUCUGUUUAUUUGUUUUUAGUCUACAUUGAAAACUUACAGAAUUCCCUGUACAUAUAUUCACUGAACAGACAUCGGAUAGAAUACAAAAUACAAUUGAAAAAUGAGAAAUUUUUAUCGAUGCAAACCGAUAGAAUUGGAUUUUUCUUCGAAACACAAUCGUUCAAAAUACCAAGAUCAAUCUAUCGAAUUGAUUUUCAUCAACUUUUAUAUCGCCCACCUAAAGCCAAAUCAUAUUCAAUCAUCAAACCGUAUCUUUGGAAAACAUCGAAAGUACUAAAUUCACAUGAAAUAAGAGUAAAAAUCCAACAAGAUUCAUUUAUAAGUCUUGAUUCCGUCAGCAUUCCAAUGACAAUCAUUCAGAAAAUUACGGUUGACGAUUCCAAAAAACCAUGUUUAGUAUUUGCGUACGGUGGAUUUGGUUGUUCCAUGCUUCCGUUUUUCAAGCUGUUCUUGCUGCUUUUUGUGGAGCUAUUCAAUGGAGUUGUUGCCAUAAUUCAUUCGCGUGGAGGUGGAGAAUUAGGUGAUAAAUGGCUACUUGAGGCAAGGGAAGCUGAAAAAAGUUUCGAUGAUUUAAUAGCAGGAGUUCAAUAUUUAAAAGGAGAAACAUAUGCCGACAUAAUUGAUUCAAAUAAAAUCGCAUAUUACGGUGUUUCACAUGGUGGAUUAGCUGGUGCUGUUGUUAUAAAUAGACAACGAAAUUUAUUCAAAUCUGUUAUCAUUCAGAAUGCCAAUUUGGAUUUAAUUAGAUAUCUACCUCGUAAAGGAUGUAUUUGGGCCAAACAAUAUGGAGACUUAUCACAGUUAGAAUAUUACAAUAUUAUCAAACGUUACGCACCUCUUUUACACAUUCAAAAACCAACUAAUAGCGAAGAUUUUUACCCUCCAAGUCUACUCGUAGCCAGCAAAAAUGAUGAAACGGUUGCGAUGGAAAAUUCGUUGAAAUACCUGGCUUUAAGACGUGAAAUUGGCAUUGAAAACAUAUUAGAUAAACCAACUUUAUUGAAAAUAGUUAAUAGCGGGGGUCAUCAUUAUGAAACAGCUGAGAAAUCCGAAUAUAUCAAUACUGUAUUUGUUGAAUUGAAAUUUUUGGCAGAGUCAAUGAAUUUGAAAUUGCAGUUUGACGAAAAAUGUCAGAAUUGCGAUUCUCAAUGAAUUCAUUUUGGUCAAGCUGACUGAAUUUGGACGAACAGAAAAUUGGACAUUGGAUCCAAUGUUUUAAUAUUAAAAUCGUUAAUUGAGUUGGUAAACAUUUCUAUUAUUCUAUGUUUUAAAUGAGAACAUAAUUGAUCGCUGAUUCGUCAAUUACUAUUCUGAAUUAUAGGGUCUGUUAUAUAUUUUUUUAUAAAUAUAUGUAGAUUGUAGAAGUUUGCAUCACUCGAAAUGAAAUCAAUUGGAAUGAAAAAAAUUCAAAAUCAAAGUUCAACGAUAUUAAAUCAUUUUUUAGAGAUUUACUUUUGGUUUGCAGUAUUGCCGCAAUUUAUAUUCACAAUCAGUUUAAUGACAUUGAAACAGAAAUAUUUAAAUGGAUAAUACACAAUGAUUUUAUUAGUUGCUACUUAUGUGCUAUUUUAUAAAUAAAUUAAAGAUAUAGUCCGUUCACUAAAAAAUCAGCAUCAUGCGCAUAGCCUUUGCCACGUCUUAUUCGCUUUCGAACGGCUGUCGUCCGACAGCUGAUAACCAUUACUAAACCAAUUGUAAUCAAAAUGCCUGAAAAUAUA